AUGAGUGAAAUGAAAGUUUUGUGUUUUUUCCUUUUUCACGGAGCUUUACUUUUAGGCUCAAAAAGUGAAGAACCAGGUUUAGGUUUUCCAGAAAAUGUAACCAUACAAAUAAUCGAUUCGAAAACCGUUGAAGUUUUCUGGUCGUCCGAAUGGAAAAAUGUCGAAAGAUACGAUGUUACAUACAAUCCAGCAGAAGACAGAAUCGUCACACAAGCAGCAGGUAACAGUCGUUCCGUGAUUCUUCGGGAACUCAGGCCAGACACUCAAUAUCAGGUCAUCGUCACAGCUGUCGUAAAUGGAAAAAAUUACAAAAGUCGACGUAUAGUGUUCAAGACGGCCAAUGCUUCCAAAGACUAUUUAGAACUCGAAUCGGCUAAAUCCACUUUUAAACCACCAAAUCCACGAAAACAUUAUUCUUACGCACCAGAAUUGGUUAAUCCUGAUCCAACAGCUAUAGGAUCGAAAAACACACCUCAGACUUCUACGACAGUUAAGGGAGUAGAAAUAGGAUUGGUUUUGCUUGCACUCGUCGUUUGGAUAAUUGCAAUAGCAUUGUUUUUUCAUAGAUGGGGGAAAAUAAGAAUGCUUAUACCUUAUCAGCCAGAUUAUAAAACUCAACAAUCUUUAAAAGUUCCAGGCACGGGUACGACAAUGAUUACAAACAGGACGGGAAAUUGCGAUUCGCAAACGCACCAAGAUGGUCCAGGCUGCGUUCAGUCGAUAUAUGAGAAGGUGACAGCGUGCCGAUGUUGUUGCGAAUGCAUUGUGGGUGACAGAACAAGAGCAAACGAAGAUUCUGAUAUAGAUGAAUAA